AUGAAAAAUUAUAAACAUGCUUCGACAUAUGAUGAUUCAAAUUAUAAAGCAUGGAAUGCUUAUGCUGUACUCAAUUAUAAUGCUGUUGGUUAUCCUAAACAACGUGUACAAGAUUUAUCACAUAAUAAUCAACAACGACAAAAUCUUGAUGCAUCCAAUGAUACUUAUCGAAUGUUAACAGCGACCAUGAUACUUUGUACAAUACCAGCUGUAAAAGGUUUAUUUAAAUCUAUUGUACUUUCAAAAACUAAACGGUGUUUACAAAAUACUCUUCGUUUACUAACACUUUGGUUUGAAUAUGGACAAUAUCAAGAAGUAUAUGAAGCUAUUGUUGAAGGUAAUCAAACAGUACCGAUUCUUCAAAAAUAUUAG